GGACGGAGAGCGAGGGGGGGCUCUGGGAAUUUCAGAGCAGCCAGCGAGGAAACUUUUGACGAGCGGACAUCAAGCGGCUCUCAUCGACAGCUCGCAACGCGAAAGCAGCCUGCGGACUUACCUUGGGGUGAACUGGGUGAAAGGCUAUACAAUCCUCGGCAGUGCUCUGAGACUGUAUAGCCCCGAUCCCCUCCAGCCUGCAGCCGCGAUCAGCCCUCUAACAUGGACUGAAGCGGAGCAGCGGGUUUCAUGACAUAACUUUGACUGGCUUACUUUGACCGCAAAGGAGUGCGCACGUCUCACUGCGCUGUUUGCAUUCGCAUGUACUGUUUGCUUUUUUUGUUUUUCUUUUUGAAUUUCGUGCCUGAAGCUGGACUUGGACUUUCGGGGAAUUACGCCAUCGUCAAGUGGGGUUAUUUUGCAUAAGCAGAAAAUGACGGCCGAUAAGGAGAAAAAGAAGAGCAGCUCAGAGCGGCGUAAGGAGAAGUCGCGGGACGCGGCGCGCUGCAGGCGCAGCAAGGAGACGGAGGUUUUCUACGAGCUGGCCCACCAGCUGCCUCUGCCCCACAGUGUCAGCUCCCAUCUGGACAAGGCCUCCAUCAUGAGGCUGGCCAUCAGCUUCCUGCGCACACGCAAGCUGCUCGCCACAGGCUGCAGCAGCAGCGAGUGUGAGGAGGACAGGCAGAUGGACAGUCUGUACCUGAAGUCUCUGGAGGGCUUCAUCACCGUGGUGACGUCUGACGGCGACAUGAUCUUCCUGUCCGAGAACAUCAGCAAGUUCAUGGGACUCACACAGGUGGAGCUCACCGGCCACAGCAUCUUUGACUUCACCCACCCAUGUGACCAUGAAGAGAUCAGAGAAAACCUGAGCCUGAAGACAGCUGGUAGUGGCUUCGGUAAGAAGGGCAAGGAGCUGAGCACUGAGCGCGAUUUCUUCAUGAGGAUGAAAUGCACCGUGACCAACAGAGGACGCACGGUCAACCUCAAGUCAGCCAGCUGGAAGGUGCUGCACUGCACCGGCCACCUGAAGAUGUACAACAGCUGUCCUCCCCGCGUGCUGUGCGGCUACAAAGAGCCCCCGCUCACCUGUGCGGUCCUGAUGUGCGAACCCAUCCCGCACCCGUCCAACAUCGACACGCCGCUGGACAGCAAGACCUUCCUCAGCAGACACAGCAUGGACAUGAAGUUCACCUACUGUGACGAGAGGGUAACAGAGUUGAUGGGUUACACUCCUGAGGAUCUGCUAGGUCGCUCAGUCUAUGACUUUUACCACGCCUUGGACUCAGACAGCGUCACCAAGAGCCACCAGAACUUAUGCACCAAGGGUCAGGCAGUGAGCGGUCAGUAUCGCAUGCUGGCGAAGAACGGAGGCUACGUCUGGGUGGAGACCCAGGGAACUGUCAUUUACAACAGCCGCAACUCUCAGCCCCAGUGUAUUGUGUGCAUCAACUAUGUUCUCAGCGACAUCGAGGAGAAGUCGAUGAUUUUCUCCAUGGAGCAGACGGAGGCCCUGUUCAAGCCUCGCCACAUGAGCAGCUUCUUCACGGUUGGAGGCGCGGGUGUGGCCGGAGAGCCGGGCGAUACCCUCUUCUCUAAACUCAAAGAGGAGCCGGAGGACCUCACCCAGCUGGCUCCAACACCCGGGGACGCAAUCAUCGCCCUCGACUUUGGUCGUCCCCAGUUUGAGGAGCCCCAGCAGCCAUCAGCAUACAGCCAGGUGUCAAAAUCCUCCAUGCCCCCUCCAGGGCCUCCGUCCUGUGCUAGCGAGAGCCACAAGUCGCCCCCCCAGGCCCCGGCCCCAGUUCCAGGGGACAUGGCUAGCAUGGCUGGCACAUUCACUGUGCCGCAGAACCCACCACCUGGCAGCGCCACCCCCAGCCUCAGCAGCUGCUCCACGCCCAGUAGCCCAGGUGACUACUACAGCUCAGUGGAGAGCGACCUAAAGGUGGAGCUCACCGAGAAACUGUUUGCCCUGGACACAGAGGGCACCAACAGCCCUGCAAACACUGAGACGGACUUGAGUGACUUGGACCUGGAGACCUUGGCUCCCUACAUCCCCAUGGACGGAGAGGACUUCCAGCUCAAUCCCAUCAUCCCUGAGCCAGAGCCAAUGGAAGCAGGGGCAGCGGGAUCCCUGGGAGGGCACAACCUCACCUCCCACCACCCAGCCACCCAGCGCAGCUUCAGCAACAUCGCCAGCCUCUUCCAGCCCCUGUCCUCCCCUCCACACCCACAGGGGCACUACCAGCCCCAGAUGACUGCGCCCUGGGCUCCGGGCAAGAAGAGUGACCCCAGCCAGGGCUCUGUGGACUCCCGAGCUGUGUCUUACAUGUCGGGACAGAAUCCUCCAUACCAGGCCCCAGCCAGCACCCCUCUGUCCUCCAUGGGUGGCAGGCAGAAUCUCCACUGGCCUCCGGACCCUCUGUUAACCUACGAGCAACAGCAACGGGCAAGCAAGGCAUACCUGAUGGAGUCUUUGUCAGGAGAGGAGCGCCCGUCCUGCCAACAGAACAUGCCAAAUCAUAUGCAGAAACAGAGAUCCAUGGAGAAUUUUCUACAAGCCUACAGAGACAUGAGCCCAGCCAGGGUGGCCAUGGCCAACAGUAUCAAACGCUCCUUCACCCAAAUGGCAGUGGGUGAAAGUAAGCCAUCAGAAAUUAUAUGGAAGAAGAUGAGAGGUGAUGGUUGUGCCACCAUGGAUCGCUCCCUCAGUGCAGGCUCACUUGCAGAGCCAGGAAUGGGGAGACUGAUGCCAGGCAGCGGGUCCCAACGUCUCAGCCUUCUGCAGCAACACAGGAAGUCUCAGUAUCCAGGAAGUGCGUUAGGUGGUGUGCAUAAGAAGCCCUUCUCCCAGCAGAGCUGCAGCUACACAGAAUACAACAUGCUGUCCUCCAACAAGGCAGAGGGUGUAGCCAGUCGUCUGCUGGGCCCGUCAUUCGAGUCCUACUGUCUGCCGGAGUUGACCCGCUACGACUGUGAGGUCAACAUCCCGCUGCAGGGCAACCUGCACCUCCUCCAGGGCAGUGACCUGCUGAGAGCCCUGGACCAGGCCACCUAGAGCACCUGAAUGAAACUCAGCCAUAGUCCCAGACUUACCCUGUCCUGUACCUCUGACCACAACCCGAGGCCUCGGCCAGGACCUUCACUUUUGCACCUCUGGCCUUUCAAAGCGCCUGAGGCCAAACUACCUAGGGAAUGGUAUUCAAACCCACAGCCUGCCUUAUUUAGCUUUCCCUCGUUCCUCUCCCUUUUGUGCCUACAUCCUUAGCUGCAGAACUAGGCAUUAGUCCUUGCACACCCAAACACGCUGAGAUGUCAGGCCCAGGCCACUUAGUGCCAUGGGAUUCAUACACACAACCUGCCUUAAAGCCAGACUGUCCCUGCCGUGUGCCAAACAUCUACAAUCAUUUCUCCACCUACAAGGUCUGCUUCCUGCCACAGUCAGAUAAAGGUGAGAACCCAUGGCCAGGCAUGGCAUUCAAACCUCAAACCUGCAUCUUAUCCAGGCGCUGUCUAGUACACAAACUCACACCCAGCAAUCUCCUCCCACACACACUCUCUAUCGAGGCCUCCACGCAGCCCCACACCCUCUUAACUCUAACAACUGACUCUUCUGGCUCUUGAGAGCAAGGCUACAAAAGUAGACUGAGACUGUGCUACCUGUACACUAAUAGGAACGCAAUGAUCCUUCACUUGUUGUAUUUGACCUGCAGUUGGGCCUAGCGCUGUUUUCUUGCCCUGUUUCCAAGCCCCAGUCCAAGUCCCCUGUCCUAUUCACCCAGCCUCAGCCUUUUCUGCAUAUGCUAUAUGCAGGCACACUCACACACACACACACACACACACACACACACACACACACGCACACAUGCACAGACAGUAUCAGCCUAACUCUGCCUCUUCGUGCCUGAAUCCAUCCCACCUGAAUCAUUACAUCACUAGCCUCAUCUGAUUGCUAUUUGAAAAUAGCCCAGUGACACGGCACACUGAUUCAGGAUGAGUCCCAGGUCAUCCCGCCUGCCUGUCUGCCUUUCACGAUGUAAUUGGUUAACAAUGGCUUUAGGUGUGUUUGGGUCAACUUUAUUGCCAUAAAUUAUACACAUUAUAUCUUUAUUUUAGAUAUUUAGUAAUGAGAUAAUUUGCUUUCAUCAGAUCUCCCCACAUUUUUUUAAUUCAUAUCAAUGGGACACUUUACCCUAUAAUAACCAUAUUGUGUCUCUCUCUUUGCAUUUAUUUUCUUAUGCCUUAAUACAGUAGCCCUACCUACCAAUUCUUCUAUUUUUGUGUCUCUCUCUCAUAGACACACUAAUAAACAUAUAUUGCAAUACAUGUACCCUACUGUAAGUUUGACAUUGUAAAGUCUGUCUUGUCUUGCCUUUUCCACUUACUUGUGUCUUGUGGCUUUGGUUUGAUCUAAAAAUCUCUGCUUCUCUCUCUUGCCCUCUCUCUGUCUUGGUCAGGUAAAUAGUUUGUGCUACCACAGGGUUUAUUCUUUAUUAAUGGAGUCAAUCCACUGAGCUAAUGCUAAUAGAUGCAGCAUCAGAGUCAGCUUUAUUGGCCAAACAAAUAGCACUUGCAAAGAAUUUGGCUUUUGGUGUAUAUGUGCUUGUGUGAUUACAUAUUAUAGGCUUUCCUGGACUUCACACAUCGCACAUGAUACCUUAAUUUGGCAGGACGUAGCAGACAAUGUAGGACAGGUCUGUCGUCCAUACUUACUGCCCCUGCACGAAGGGACGGCUACUUUUGUUUUGGUGCAGCACAGCAGCCUGGAAGUGACUUUGAAGCAGAAUGUUUGUAUCAUUGCUUAUUUUGAGGACAAGGCCAGUUUUCUUGUAAUCCAAGAUGGAGAUUGGCUGCCCAUAUCAGAAAGCCAAAUUAUAUUAGCUGUUCUGAUAAAUUGCUUAGAAUUCACAGUCUACUUGGAGUAUGGUUUAGGUUCUUUGAAACAAGUGAAUGGAAUUUGACCCAUGUUUCAAAUGCUUCAAAACGCUGUUGAUAAUAUCAUGCCUUCAGAAUUAGUCUCCUGUCUGCCUUCAGUGGAAACACUCACUUGUUCUCACCCUUGUUCUCUAUUUCCUCUCUGAAAUGUCUCCCACAGCCUCGCUCUCACAUUGUCUUUCUCUUUCUAAGGUAAAUGUCUUUGUGUGGUGACCACUUUUGAGUAUGAAUCAUAGAGCUUUGUACACAUAUAGGUUAUGUAUUUAAAAGACAGAGCUAUAAUGUUGAAGAUAGUGUUUUUAGUGUUUAUGUGUUCUGGUACUUUGUCCUAUCUACCCUGUAGAUGCACAUGGAACAGAUUCCUUAUGCGGAAGCAGAGCUCUCUUAUAGUGCUGGUUCUCUUUUGUUGUGCUGUUGUGGCAUUUUUUUUUUUUCCCCACCAGAGUUUUAUUCUAAAAUAUCUAUUGAAUCUUUUGGCAGGCCAGUACUGUUUUUUUUUUUUUUUUCUUGCUUUAAAAAGAUAAAACAAAAAAGAAAACAACAGAAAAAAAAAAUCUGAUGAAAAGUGAAUAUCAGUUUUCUAAGUUUCACUUUUUUGACAUGUAGCAUUUUGAAUAUUGUACACAUGGCAAAGUUGCCGCAGAAUUUAAUCACAUAGUUUUCCAAUUGCAUAUAUAAAGCAAUGGUGCUUCAUAGACAAUGUAUCUGUUCUUAAUUUUUAGAACCAACAUUUAUUAUGUCUUUUGGAUCCACUAACACUGUAUAUUGACGUUCUGCCUUACGUUUGUGCUGAAAUUCUCUUUAAAGUUGAUUUAUAACUGAUAUAAUGUGCCUUAUUUUUACCUUAUGGUUGUCUCAAAACAGAUUCAACCCUGAAGUAUGCCCUUCAAGUGCACAGAGUGUGUUCCCCAUAAUCUGUAGAUGACUAUUUUCUACUUUGGGGGAUUAUUACAGAACAUAAGCUAGAGUGUCCAUCCUAUCUUACAAAAAAAAAAAAAAAAAAAAAAUAGAUGGUAAAAUCCACUUUUGCUUUUACUGGAGAAUAUCCUAAAUCCACACAUUGGUGUUUGGCUUACAUGUAACUCCAUAUCAUUACUCUGUGUAGACGCCCUCCAAAACCCGUUGUCAGGGGCAACCAAAGAGGGAACUUCUUCCUGCCUAGUGACUGACAGGUUGUGUCGAUCCAGCUCAUCACCUGUGGUUCAGCAGAGUUGCUGCAGAUGCGCGGUAAAUAAGAACAAUCCCCAUUGCAUCAAUAGACAACCAUAGCAGUUAAAUACAUAAAAUCAACUAAACCUGCUACAAAAUGUCGAGCCACAUGAGUUUGCUCAGAGCUGAUUGGCAAAGACAUAAUCACAGAAAAAAAGAACAGAACAAGACGUUGUUGUAAGCCCAGAUAUUUAUCCGAUAAUAGAAACUUUAGCUUGGAUCCGGUCCUGUCUGAACUGGCAGAAACCCCAAAGUGUAGACGUGAUUUCAGAAUUAAGAUGCUUCUGUAAUAAUCCCCAAGGUUAUAUAGUCCAAAUCCUUUUGAUAGCCCCUGUCAAGCCUCCUCUGACACAUUCCCUUAGAUCCCGGUAGAGCCAUCAGUUGAGCAAUGGAAAUAGACGCCCCUUUAGUUUCUACCAGAACCCAGUGUAGAACCCCCUGGUGAUGACAAGUGGAGAGGUCAGAGCGGAGUUAAAUGCUGCAAGGUUUUUACGGAAAUGGAUCCCCCUGCUCAUCAACUUUUGUGUCUGUUGAUGAGGCUGCAUGUGGGUUUUAGGGUUGGUUGAAAAAGAUUUGACUGCACAGUAAAAGUUCCCCUGAGGUUGCACGCUGGGAAAGGCAGCGGCGUCCACCAAAACCGGCGCCUCACUUUUGGCCGAAGCCACCAAGCAGCUGGUCAUUGUGCGUAAACACAGAUGUCCGAGGUUUAUUGUUGUCAUUGUGGAACCGCUGCGGAAAAUAACUCGCCGAAAUGGCCUGAAUCCUGUUUUGAGUAAUGGUGGCUUGACAGCUCCAUGGUUACAAGACAACAAUGGGUCGGACACAGUGCUGCACAAAUCUCCCAAAAAUGUCCUGUGGACUUUCAGGGACUGAUACUGUCAGAGAUACAGGUGAUACUGAAGGUCUUAAGUAAGGGUGGUACACUUAGAAUUUUUGAUUUUUCACAUU